UUUUCGUACUUUACGGGUAUAGAUGAGAUUGAUAAUGUUUAAUUGGCUUUAAACACCUUCUUGUACGUUGUUAAACCAUAUUUAUUUGCUACAGAUCUGAUUGCAUGUAUCUGCAGCAUUCUGAUGCUCACUUGAGAUGUAGUGUAAAUAUGUUUUGAAUGUUUAUCUUUGAACGCACGCUGUCUGGAUCGCUAACACUUUUGCAGUAGACUCUGUUGGCUGGUUGGAUCACUAACACUGUGUUUUUACUGUGACAGUACCAUGGAACAGUAUCAGAUGAUCAGAAAUGGGAUGGAGAUGUUCGGCAAGUGUUUUGAUUGACUGUUGGAAGCAGGCCAGACGUGAAGGGUUCACAGAAGAGCUUUGAAAGAAAGAGACCAUUAUGAAGUUGAAUGAGAAGAGCGUGGCGUAUUAUGCCACAUGCAACUCUCCUCCAGACAAGACAGGCUUCCUCUUUAAGAAAGGGGAACGGAACACGGCCUACCACCGCCGCUGGUUUAUUCUGAAGGGUAACAUGCUGUUCUACUUCGAGGAGAGGGAAAGCCGAGAGCCGAUUGGCGUCAUCGUCCUGGAAGGCUGUACGGUGGAGCUCUGCGAGUCUGAAUCCGAAGAGUUUGCCUUCGCCGUUAAAUUCGACUGUGUCAAAGCGAGGGUCUACAAGAUGGCCGCGGAGAGCCAGCCUGCUAUGGAAUCGUGGGUCAAGGCUCUGUCCCGGGCGAGUUUCGACUACAUGCGGCUGGUCGUGAAGGAGCUGGAGAGGCAGCUGGAGGAGGUACAAGAAGAAGCCAGAUCUUCACAAGCCAAAAACAAGCUGAAGAAGCACCAGCCGCAAGUGCAAGGAGCAACAAGCUCCCACCCCACAACCUUUUCAUUACAGAACGCCGAAAUUACAGGGCCUUCGCAGGAAGGGGGGUCUAGCAGAGAAAACGGGGUGUCUUGGAAUAAACCCACCAGCUUGCCAAACGGUGUCAGCGAGGGCUGCGUCUGGGAAGGGGACUGUUGUGGGAAGGGGGAUGGAGUCAAACCACCCACGGUACCUCCGCGGAGGAAACCCAGCGGUGGGUCACCCGAGAGCCCUGUUUCACCCGGCACAGGCUGCUUCUCCAAACUACACGACUGGUACGGCCAAGAGGUGGCUGAACUGAGAACAGAAUGGCUGCAGAGCCAGUGAAUGACAUCCGCACACACCACAUGCUUAGUGCAAUCUCAUCUAAAAAACAAAGAGAGCAUUAGAAUGAUAAUCACUCGUCCACUGUUACUGAUUUGUUGUUUAUUUCGUUAAACAAGACCAAGCCAUUUUUUAAAGGAACAUCCUGCCAUCAUUUACUCACCCUCAUGUCUUUCCAAAUUCCAGAUGGUUUUUAAAUACAGGAAAGUACAAUAAAUGUUUUAUCAAUCGUAUGCACCAGUGUGACAAAGUAAACAGCAAUAGUGCAAUCUUUUGAAAGCAAGUGUAGUGUUUUUCAUUGUUUAAAAAAAAUGAAAGAAUGCUGAAUGUACUUCCCUCAUUCAAUCUAAGAUGAAGAUGGGUUUGUUUCUUCAUAAGAAGAGGUUUGGAGAAAUGUAGCAUUCCAUCAUUUCCUCACCAGUGGAUCCUCUGCAGUGAAUGGGUGCCGUCAGAAUGAGAGUCCAAUCAACUGAUAAAAACAUCACAAUAAUCCACACUAAGAACUGUAAGUGUAAAGUUUGUAAGAAAAAAAUAAAAUCCAAAUAAUUAUCCAAACAUAAAAAUACUCCCCUGUUGUCUUCUCACAUCAAAAGCCACCGAUGCAUUUUUUUAAAUUGUUUUGGAUGGUUUUUACGUGUAAAUGGUGCUUAAUAUGUGCAUUUUUCUCUCAAGAUUAAUUUUACUUGUGGAUUAUUGUGUGGUUUUAUCAGCUGUUUGGACUCUCAUUCUGAUGGCACCCAUUCACUGCAGAGAAUCCAUUGGUAAGCAAGUCAAGUAAUGCUACAUUUUUCCAAAUCUGUUUGCACGAGCAAAUAUUUACAUCUUGGAUGAGGGUGAGUCAUUUUGAAGCAAGUUUUCAUUUGUAGAUUAACCUUUCCUUUAAUAAAAUAAAAAACAUUGCAUUCCCUUGAACUUUGUUGUGAGUUGACCUAAAUGAAUCAUUGAAUCAGUUUUGAAUCGAUUCAUUAGAACACACAGUUUGAACUAAUGCACAAAAAGGAAUUUUACAAUCUUUAUGCAAUGUUUGCUUCUUAAUUUAAUUAAGAGAUGCAGUUAAAAUAAUCCUAACAUUCCUGUAUUUAGCAGUUUGUGAGACAAGGAAGGGUUGAAAAACAAAUCUAAUGACACCGUCUUUAUGAAACUUAUUGGCAAAAUAAAAAUUGCAUUACAUCUUUAAUAUUCUCAAUAAUUACACGGUUGUGUUGUUGAAUUAAAUAUAUUUAGCAAAGUCUACAGUGCUCCGUUCCAUUUUGAAAAAAAAUAAUAAUAAUAAAUGGUCCGGGUUAAAAAUGACAAAAAAAAGUAUCAUAAAGCUAGUCUAAUUGACUCGUGUGCUUACAAACCGAUAUAAUAGCUUUGUGUUAGGAAAAGCCGAACAUUUGUGUUUUUGCAUGUUUUGCACGUUAUGAGGUCAAACAUUGGUUCUGACAUCUCGAUGACAUUAAAACUAGCCUCAUGUGUAUUGAUUUUAAGUGAAAAAUAAAAAUAAAAAAUUUGGCACAUAAAGAUUUAUGACUUUACUAAAAACAAUACAAGAUUUGGUGCAUGGGCUGUAUAGACUAUAUUUAAGGUGAUUUUAUUUUUGGAACUUGACAGUCUCAGUCCCUAUUGUAAGUAAAAAAAAAAAGAACAUUCUGGAUUCUUCUUCUUUUGUGUUUAUUAAAGCAAGAAAGUGAUACUGGUUUGGAACGACAUGAGAAUGAGUAAAUGAUUAUGAUGUUUCCUUUUUUGGGAUGAACUAUUCCUAUAAAGCCUCAAACUUAGAUUCAUUUGGGGAUUUUCCUAGAAGCUCAUGUUGAAGUGACUUGACAUUUCCUUCUCAUUUGUAUUUUUUCUUCUUCUCUCAAUUGAGGUCUUACUUGCAUAACAACAUGAAUUUCCUUUUACACAAUAGUUGUCUUGAUAAAAGACCUGAUUUACAGAUUUACAGACACUUGAAUGUUAAGUAUUACAGUGCCAAAGCUGGACUGUGGCCAUUUGUAAUCAUUUUACAGUAUAAAGUAGCAAAAACAGCACAAAAAGUAAGUUCCCAAGUAUCCCAAGAUUUUUGGCAGUGAAUUUUAUACUGUAUUUUAGGAGAUCAACAAUGCAACCUGCCAAAAACAUAAUUGGAAGAAUGAUUUCUAACUUUAAAACAUCUAAUAGUGUCUCAGACAAUGGACUUGUCUUAACUAGCCAGCUAACAUGUAAUCUUCUGUUGAUCGAUCUUUUUUCUAAGCAGCUUUAAUACACUGUUAUAAGCUUUGCUAUGCUUUAUGAUAUAUCAUCAGGGGCGGCAGUGGCUCAGUGGUUCAUGUAGGUUGUCUACAAACCGGAAGGUUGGUGGUUCGAUCCCCGGCUCCACCUGACCAAGUGUCGAGGUGUCCUUGAGCAAGACACCUAACCCCAGCUGCUCCCGACGAGCUGGAUGGCGCCUUUUUUGGCAGACACCGCCGUCGGUGUGUGAAUGUGUGUGUGAAUGGGUGAAUGUGAGGCAAAUUGUAAAGCGCUUUGGAUGGCCAUGUGGUCUGUUGAAAGCGCUAUAUAAAUGCAGUCCAUUUACCAUUUACCAUCAUUCUUGCCAAUGAUAAUGCUCUUGUUAAUGCUCUGCCUUGCUUUUAAAACUGACCAAUCAUCAUACUGUGACCAACAUUUAAUAUGUUAUACAAUAUAUAUACACACAGCUUAUUAAUGGCUUUUGUAAAUGCAAUUUAAUGGUACAAAUUCUGUGCAAUCCUAUAAUCAUAUUUGGGGAGAUUUAACCUAUAGUGACACUAAAUGGGAUGCGUGCGUGGCUGUCCAACCGCAGUGCCUUCAGAUUUCAUCUAAAACACUGUGUUAGAUUCCACAAUGCAAAUACACCAGCAAAUAAGAGCUGAAUGUGGAUAAACAGCUUGUUUAUUAACCAGGUACUCAUAGUAAAAUGACAACAACUGCAAUAAAGUUAACUUGUUUCUGAAUAAAGUUGUAUUGCAAUAACCAGAUCUGAAUGUUUUGUCCAAAUGGGCUUUGUAACCGGCAUUGGGUAGAAUAUUACAUUUGAAGGAAACAAGAAUGUAUGUUUAAUGUUUUCAAAUGACUCAAAUAAAGAUGAGCAUCCUCAUAAA